AUGAGAAACCUAUCGUGUGUUACGUUCUACGUGGCUCUUUUCGUUUUAUCUUCUCGGGAAAGCGGCAUUUUAUGUAGUGAAAUUGCGGUAACUAAAAGCACCAACCUAAGGAAUGGAUGCACACUUAAUAGCACACUGAAAGAGAAAGAGGAAACACAGCUGAAUGAUACCAACGAUGCUGGUCAAGACAUUCUAAAUCCAGAAGAGGACAUACAGGAAUUGAUUCAGGAAGUACAACGUGCUGGUGGAGAAGGAGAAAACAUUCACGAGCCUGGUACUCCCCUUCUGAAUGAAAAAAGAGGAAAUAUAAGAAGAGGUUCUGUACUUUCAGGUAAUGGUGUACAGGAGCAAGCAAAUGAAGUAAAAGAAGAGAAGCCAAAAGAACAGGAUGAACAAGUGCAGGAGCAGGCAGGACAGCCGGCAAAAGAAGUGCAAGAAGAAAAGUCACAAGAACAGGAAGAACAAGUUCAGGAGCAGGUAGGACAGCAGGCAGAAGAUGUGGAAGAAGAGAA